AUGGCGUCGGUGGCCUUCCCCGCGCUCUCCUCCACUGUGGCUCCCGCGCCUUCCGCCCUUUGGUCCGCCAACCUCACGGCGCCGUAUCCGACGAACGCGCCGUGGCAGAGCAUGGUGCUGGGGCAGGGCGGCAACCCCGAGCUCGUGACGCCGUACCUCGUGCAGAGCGCAGAGGGGCGCAUCGCGUGGGGGCUGCUGGUGCGCGACCCGCAACCCGGAUACAUCGUGCAUGCGUUCGCCACCGCGCUCAUGCUCUCCAUGCUGCAGGGCCUUCCCGCCCACCAGCUCUCCGCCUACGACGACCUCUUCGCCACCCUCUCCUUCCGCCAACCCUCCUCCGCGCCUGCCGAUCCCUUCAUCCUCGAGGUCCCCCUAAUGCGCGGGUCCCCCUUCCUCACGUUCAUAUUCCCCCCGGGCAGCCCCCCCGCGACGCCCGUGCUGACAACAAUCUAUGCCAUCACGGGAGUGGAGAGAGCAGUAGCGACAGCAGCAAGUACCGUGUUGCGCUCAACAACGGCCAGGUCAGUCCGCAGCGCCAACUGCACCCCUUUGCUGCCCAGCGAUUGCCGCCGUACCAGCCCCAUUCGCUGUCUCACUCGCCCAUGCCUCCCGCUUGCUUACUCUCCAUACUCACCACCUCCGUCCCCUUGUUUCCCCCCCAAUUAUCUUCCCCUACACCAGACAUGGCUGGUGUACCUGUCGGCGCCGCUAACCCUGAGGCAGGAUGGGUCGACGCUAGCAGCGGACGUGCCGUUCACGGGGACGAUGCGCGUGGCGCUGCUGCUGGGCUCCUCCGCGCAGGACGAGGAGGCGCUACUGGACGCGCACGUGCCCACCGUGCUGGUGGGGGGGAGUACGCACGUGGGCGCGUUCCGCAUCAAAUACACCUGGCGCACCCAGCAGUGGCGCGAGCCGGCCAAUGCCGACACCAAGGCGCCACUGCUCAUGCGCUCACUGCCAAUGCACCAGCGCCUGGAGGUGAGCAUGCACAGCCCCUCCUCUGCCUCUGCCCUCCGCCCUCACUGCAGCGGCUCCCCUUCCGGCGCCAUGGGCGCCCUGCGCGGCCACCACAACUCCGCGUCUGCCAGACCCUCUAUCACACGCGGCAAUGCACCGUGGGCGUCCGUGAGAGAUGAGUCGGUGCCCGAUGCGUCAGUGCUGGCCUACCCCACCAUCGACGGCCAGACGGUGGGCAUACAGGGGGCGCUGUGGCGCCUCAAGGUUCCCAAGCAGCCGUCCACGUGGCGCGCAGGGCCACUCUCGUCCGACCCCCAGCUGCUGGACGAGCUGAGGGCCAGCCUCAAGCAGGACAUGGCUGCCGCCCCUCUCCUCCCCCUCCACCUACUCCUUUGGCAAGACAGCAGCGCGUGCCGCCCGCCUGGCGCUGAUCGCAAAGCAGCGGGCAUGUACAACGACCACCACUUCCACUACGGCUACUUCAUCUAUGCCGCUGCCACCGUCGCCAAGUUUGAUCCCGCGUGGCGCGACCAGUACCGUGCGCCGUUUAAGGACCUCACGGCGGACUACAUGUCAGCAGAGCGCACCGCGGCAUUUCCGAGGCUGCGGCACUUUGACGCGUACGCGCUGCACUCGUGGGCCAGCGGGCUGUUUGAAUUCGGCGACGAGCGCAACCAGGAGAGCUUCAGCGGGGCGGACAACGCAUACUACGCGGCGGCGCUGCUGGCGUCCGUGCUGGGCGACCAGCCGAUUGCCACGCUGGGCGCCAUGCUGGCCGCCGUGGAGGCCUUCGCCGGCCAGACCCUCAUGCACGUGCCGCUCGCCUCGUCUACUCCGGAUUCGUCCCUCUCACCCGGCUACGAGGCGGUGUUUGUGGACGGCAACCGCGUGGUGGGUGUGCUGUGGUCCACCAAGCGUGACGCCGCGCUGUGGUUCGCCCCGCCUGCGGACAUGGAGAAGCGCGUGGGCACCCAGGUGCUGCCCGUCUCGCCCUUCCUCACCCACCUCUUCCCGGACCACGAGUUUGCCAAGCAGCUCGUGGAGUGGGCGCAACCCGUGCUGAGUGGCACCGCCACGGACGAGUGGCGCGGCUUUGCGUGGGCGCUGCAGGCGCUGUACGACCCGCAGGGGGCCAGGACGAACAUUGCUGCUCUAACAGCGUUUGAUGAUGGCAACUCCAAGACCAAUAUGCUCUG